CUAUAAAGCUUCUUUAAAGAAGCAUAUAUCUACAUACAUAGAUGGCACAGCAAACAACGCUGCCCUUUUUUAGACAGAAAAAGAUUACUUCGAGUCUGAAUGUACCUCGUCGUUAUCAAAUACCAACAACUGUCUUGCGAGCAUCGAGUUGUCUUCCAGCCUUAGUUAAUGUCAUCUAUAACCUAAAACAAGCAUGGCAAAUAGCCUAUCGAGAUGCGGGUGGUGCUAUUGUAUUGCAAACAACACAACUUGAUUACUACAUCGCUAUUCUUUGGUGUCUAUUAGCUGGUUAUUGGAGUUGGAUUCUCGUCACAAGUAUGAUGGUACGUUGGCUUUAUCAUCAUGAGAUCAAACAAGCCAUGAUGCGUCUGGUCGCGCUAGUGAUCAUGAUGAGCUGUAUCUCUUAUUUGUUCCAUACACUAUGGACAAACCCUAUUGGUGUUCAACUCUCUCUUUGCUCUGUCUUGCUUGUGAUCAACAUGUGGACUAUGAGCUCUCAGUCUUCAUUGAGUCAAAAAAUAGAGACCAAGGCACGCCUCGAUCCACAAGCCAAAUUGUUGCAUCUCUUGUGUCCUUUGGUUAUCGUGAUGGUGUUAUCUAGCCUGAUGCUAUCUCAACUUAUCCACACCUAUCAGUACACAUCCAAUUUACUUUUCUAUUCAGAUCAAUUUGGCCUUGAUCAGCAUAUGGCCAGUGGUGCUAUGAUUGUCUUGAUCCUCAGUACAUGGACACCCGAAGGUGCUCAUAAGCGACAGGUAUUGCGUCAAUCCACACUGAAAUGGGUAGAUCAUUAUCGAUUUGUGAUGGGACAGCCUGACCAUCUUGAUCCAGCAUGGAUAGCAGAGUCAGAGACAUACCAUGACAUCUUGUUUGUACCUGCACCUGAUCUACACCACAGCCAGAAAUUAUUGUCAGCAUGCCAAUGGUCUACAGGUAUUCAGUACGAUUAUCUGGUCAAGACAGAGGAUGAUGUGUUUGUUCGCUGGGAUAAACUCAAGCAAGAAUUGACGGAGACUGGCAAAAAAGAUAACUAUUGGAAGGGAUUUGUGUAUCGAAAUAUGCCUGUGGAUCAUGUCAGUAAAGACAAACAAGUACAGACGGAUUAUGGUAUGCCUUUAUUGCCUGCAUUUACAAGUGGCACGCUUACGAUUUUGUCUCGUCAUCUGGUGGAUAGGGUGGCACAUACACAGCAUCCUCGCCGCAUGGUUGGCAUCGACAGUAUUGAUCUUGCACUCUGGCUAUUUGGGUUUGAUGUACAGCCAAUGCAUGAUAGACGCAUACAAGAUGAUGAACAUACCUGUGAGAAAGACAUGAUUGCGAAAAGAGUGCCUUAUGCUCAAUUUGAACAAGAGAUACAAGCGAUGUACACCUAUGUACUUCAAAAGCGUUCUGUAUGUCAUGCAUUGGAUGCUCAGCAACACUGUGCUGUGUGCUACCCAUGCCAUGGCAAGCAAGAUGAUUGGCGAUCCAAGGGCAUCGUCUGCGAUCCACAACGCGGUGUGUCUCCUGCUGUAUCAGACUUUCAAACGAUACCCAAUUCACAAGUCAAAGACGAACUGGCUUCUUUAGGUGAUCAUGAACAAUGGAUCAUUCAAGACGUAUUGAGCACACAUUCUUCUAUUUACUCCAAUGAGUCCAGUUGGCAUUUACUCUAUUGGGUCUGUUGGACCAGUGAUCCUUCUACUUUUACAGACCGUCAUUGGCGUGCUCUUGAGCUUGUAUGGAUCCAUGAACCAGAAGCAGUGAUUUUCAUGAUAUCCAACACACUUCCACAAAGUUUCUUUAGAGAUUAUACACGCAGAGGCUAUCAGAUUGAAGUGGUUGAGUUCAACAAACAAAACUUACUGAACUGGCAGUGGUAUUUUGGUCCAGGCACCCAUGAUUGGCUUCAGAGUUGGGACCGAUGGGAGAAGGGUAAAUUCUUUUACUGGCACUUGACAGACUAUAUUCGAUGCCUCUUACUCUAUAAUUACGGUGGCACGUAUAUGGACAUGGAUGCACUCUGGAUACGUGCACCACCUGAUCAGCAGCUUGAAUUCAUUGGCUCAGAUUACUCUCAAGUCCAUUCAGACCGUGCAUGGACAUUGGAUCAAGAAGGACUUUAUCUGCCUCAAGGACUAAUGCGCUUUAAACGGGGUUGGAAACUGUUUCGAGAGAUGGCAGAAGGUGCAUUUUCAGCCUACAAUUAUGAUCCUGAAUGCUUUAAUUGUGGUGGACCCAAGGCAAUUACUUCCUAUGUGCGUGAACGACGCACAGUGCUUGAAGAGGGAGGGCUCACCAUCUUGCCUCGUCAAGUACUCUAUCCUUACAACUACCUCGAGAUUCAUAAGCUGUUACAGCCAAGUGCAUUAGCAGAACAAGAACUCAAGACCAAGAUUGAACCUUUCAGUUGGAACAUUCACAUGUUUGGUAAAAUGACCAACCAUUUACCUGUGCAGCCUCAUAGUGUGAUUGACCUUGUCUUUCAAAAGUUUGAUCUCGAUUUACCUCAUCUCGAUACACAGACCCAUGCGAUUGUUUCCUCGACACAAUCGACUCAGGUCCCUAUGCGUCUUGUGGCGCCUCGAGAUUAUGUCUAUCGUGCUGUUUCUGAUCGGAUGCGACAUGACGAUCAGCAAUCAGACAACCUGCUACGUUUACAACCUGCACCGGGUCAUUUCCAAGGCCUGAAUAUUCUGUAUGUGCGCGGUGGUCCUGAUCGUAUGGCCCAAGUGACCAUCGAUCUAGAGACAGCGAUUGGUCGAACACGUAUGCGCCAUGGGAUGUUUGAAAAGCAUAAGCAGAUCACAAUGAUGCAGGUCAAUAUGAAGCAAGUCAACAGUGUUCUUGGUUCACUUGAGUUUAGUCCUACCAAACUGAUGUUGGCGAAUGGUGGACGUGAUCGCAUCAAAAUCAGUGUCACUUAUCAACACAUGGAUGGCACUAUAGAAACAGAUCAAGCGCAGAUUACAGUUAUUGUCAUGGAACCAGUGGAAGAAGAUGAGCCCUUUAACGAUAAAGAGCUCUUGGACCAAGUAUUCCAAUAAACUAUUUAUACAUACCUGUGGCUUUGAAGGCUUUCUAUUAUUUAUUUAUUUUUCUUUCUCAUUACACGAUGGAGUCCUAUUUAGCCAAUAUUGAUACAUACAUGCAAGAACAACAACAAGAGGAAAAGAAAAGAAGUUCAACAGAACAAACACCUCCGUCGGACAUACUUCCAGAAUCCUUUGAGAACUUGUUUCCUGAACUUCCUCUUAAUCCAAUCAUUCAACAUGACUUUAACACUAUUUAUUUAACAGACCCUACGCAUUUCCCCAGUAUACAUUACGCAACCCCUUUACCACCACCCUUAUCUACCCUUUCACCUGAAGUGGAUAGACCUGCUCGUAAGAAACCA